AGAACAGAAGAAAAUGAACUGAUUUAAGAGUGAAGCAGCGGUUUGAAGAGGAAAUUGGGAAACACUGAUUCCUGUUGACACACUUUACCCCUGAGAAGUAUCCUCCAGCGUCCUUCCUACCGCCGGGGAGCGUGGACAAGGCGCUGCCCGAGUUUGAGCAGCGACGAGCGGCCACAGGUAAGACAUUUCCCCGCAAGAGCGAACAGGAGGCGACGCGUAAAACCGAAGGAAAACACUGGAAACUGUCAAUGAAGAAUACAUCCCUGUACUUACAAUGACAGUUCAAGUAAAAUAUUUACCGAAUCAACAAACAUGUGUGAAUAGAAGAAGAGUUUUCAUUAUUAACACAGUGGACCAUGACCCUGCUGACGAUCCCUCUGCUCUGGUUUAUGCAAACAUGCUCUGCUCACUCUGUUAACCUGUGAGGACACGCAACAUGGGGUCACUGGGACUGCCUCUUCUCCUGCUCACUUUGUAUGGACAGGUAUCAGUGGUUGCCUCCUGUGAGAUGUUUGGGGUGAUCGCUGCAUGCAGUUUUAAGAGGCUGACAGCGGUGCCUGUCUUGCCAUCCUACACAGAGGACCUGCAUCUAGACCACAACUACAUUACAGAGCUGAAUAGUACCUCACUACAGGACCUGGCACAGUUGGAGCGUUUAAAUCUGGGAGCACAGUGGGUUCCUUUAGUGAUCCGAAACAACACUUUUCAGACACAGCGCAAACUGAAAAUACUUAUUCUAGGAUCGAACCGCUACUUAACAUUGGAACCAAGAGCAUUUGUUGGCCUAUCCGGUCUGCAAUACCUAGAUAUAGACUAUUGUGACUUCACAGACUCCAUUUUGUCAGAAAACUAUUUGCAAUCUCUGUGGUCCCUGUAUAAAAUUGAUCUGUCCUACAAUCAAAUAAAGAGAGUGAGCCCAGCGAAGUUUUUCCGAUAUAGAAAUGUGAAGGAGAUCGAACUUAAUGGAAACCAGAUUGACAGCUUGUGUGAAGUGGAUCUUGUUGGUUUUCAAGGGAAAGCUUUCGUGCGAUUUAAUAUAGCUAAUAACAAGUUAUACAGAACUAUGCUCGAACCAAAAUUUGACUGGGAGAAGUGUGGGAACCCAUUCAAAAACAUGGCUUUUGAGACUUUGGACAUUUCCACGAAUGGUUUUAAUGUGACUAGCUUUCAACGCUUCUUAAAUGCUAUUGAAGGAACGUCUAUCCAAUCCCUGCACCACUCUGGAACUCUAGGCAGUGGUUUUGCCUUUGACAAUUUGCCAGAUCCGGAUAAAAAUACAUUCAAAGGACUCCAAAACAGUUCACUUCAAGUCUUCGAUCUGACUGACAAUUUCAUCUUCGCACUGCAGGAGGCGGUGUUCAGCCCUUUAUCAAAUGCAAUUAUUAUCCAUUUGUCUAACAACAAAAUCAAUCAGAUAAAUCCAAAUGCAUUCAGCGGUCUUCAAAACAGUUUGCUUUUGCUGAAUCUGUCUUUUAAUCUUCUCGGAGAAAUUUAUGGUCACACAUUUGAACAUUUGACCAGUUUGAGGGUACUGGAUUUGUCAAAUAACCACAUUGGUAAAUUGGGAUUCAAAGCCUUCAGCGGUCUGCCCUUUCUUAAGAGGCUAGAUCUCAACGGAAACUCAUUACGGAGGUUGGGGUCUACGGCGUAUUUACCAAACCUGCUUGAUCUUUUUUUGAGGGACAACCGAUUAAAUUCGCUAUGGGGCAUUACUGAUCUAACUGGGAGGAACAUUACAUACAUAGAUGUUCAGUACAAUAGAUUGGAGCAGUUAGGUGAGCUUUUUGAGGUUGUUGAGAAAUUUCCAAAUCUACCAACCUUAUAUUUCGGUGGUAAUUCCAUCAAAUGGUGCAAAAGUCCACAGAUACCACAGAACAAUAGCUUAACAGUUCUCGAUCUUCAAGGCAGCUCCUUGCAGACUGUAUGGGCUUUGGACAAGUGUCUCAAUAUCUUCAAUCAUUUCCCUAACCUUCUGGGUCUCAAUCUCACAUACAACUCUAUUAGUACUCUACCGGAUGGCGUUUUCAAGAGUCUUCACUCUAUUCUAGAAAUAGACCUCUCAUCUAAUGCACUAAAAUAUCUUAAACCAGAUACAUUUCCAAGUACUUUGAAAGUACUUCAUCUCUCCUACAACUAUCUAGCUUCUCCAAAUCCUGACACUUUUAAAAAUUUAGAUUUUAUUGAUCUAUCUGGGAAUUAUUUCUACUGCGAUUGCAAGCUUGAAGGCUUUCUAUGGUGGCUAAGUAGCACCAAUGUAACUUUCCUUAGCCCAAAGACAGAUUUAAACUGCAGUUUUCCAUUAGAGUACGAAGACUGGCCUUUGUUGGAUUAUGCCACUAUCAUGGAGCCUUGUGAGGAGGAUGAUGAGAAGGCAAUGCAUGAACUCAAGCUAGUUUUAUUUAUCUUGUGCACUUCAGUAGUUGUCGGUAUGAUGCUGGCUUCGCUUGUUUACUCCCAUUUGCGAGGGCAUAUCUUUAUCCUAUACAAAAAAGUGAUAGGGCGUGUUCUGGAGGGGCCUAAACCACCAGAACCACAGGAGAAUUUGCUGUAUGAUGCAUUUGUCUGCUACAGUGAAGCUGACUAUAACUGGGUAGAGAUGGCACUGCUCAAAAAAUUGGAUUCGGAAUUCUCUGAAGAAAACUUGUUCAGGUGCUGUUUUGAGGCGAGGGAUUUUAUGCCGGGAGAGGAUCACCUGAUCAACAUCCGUGACGCUAUCUGGGGAAGCAGGAAGACUGUGUGUGUGGUGUCCAAAGAAUUCCUAAAAGAUGGGUGGUGUCUGGAGGCGUUCACUUUGGCUCAGGGUCGUAAGCUGGAGGAGCUCUCCAAUGUGCUCAUCGUGAUCAUAGUGGGGAGGGUGGCUCACUACCAGCUGAUGAGGCACAACGCAAUCCGAGCAUUUGUCCAGACUCGAGGGUACCUGGUGUGGCCCGAAGACCCCCAAGACCUGGACUGGUUUUAUGACAGACUCACGGCUCAAAUCCUCAAAGAAGACAAGCCCCCCAAGAAGGCAGCGGAAAACACAGAGCAGCCAGCAGAGGGCAUCGCCUUGCCAAUGGAGAACAUCCAAGCACCAGCGGUCUGAACGCUCAGUAUGUUAGCUGGUUGCAGUCACUUUCACUGUUAUUUCAAUCCCUGGUAAAUAUGAGGCCAAUAACGUAUCUAUGUUGACUGUGCUCAACAUCUGGCGAAGCGUCCCUGAGCGAUGCAUUUUUCCUCGCUUUCUCCUCCUUGAUUCCUCUCCUUGAACAUCCAUUUUUCAGCUGUCAGUCAAAUAUGUAGUAUUAAGUGGUGUCCAAAAGAAAACCAUGAAAGGAAGGAGUAAACAUGUGGGAGGCUUCAGGAGGCAGACAUCAAAAUAAUCAAACAGUUCUGGUCUCAGUGAGAAGUUUAUAUCUUUAUUAUGUUUCUUCUGUGGGUGGGACUUCCUCACCCAUUUCCUGCAGAAUCAAGGAGAGGAAUCAAGGAGAAGGAAGCGAGGAAAGAGAAAUGAGUCUUGGGCUUGGGUCUUCUUUCUCACAGAGUUCAGGUGAGUGUGACUGACAUGUGGUCCCUUUGUAUCAACAAACAAUGAUGCUUAGGAGAUAAGAAAAAUAACAGAUCAGAUGGCAGACAUUUAAAGAUUCUACAUCAGAGAACUAACUGCUGCUAGACUGUGAUGAAAUAAUAUCUACUGUCGAAUGAGAUUGGAUUACAAAAAUCUUUGUCAGCGAAAUGAUGUGCUCUGUGCCUGAUCCCAGAAGCUCACUCACCAGGCUGAAGAUUCCAUAUUAUGUGUACAAUUUAUUUAAAGGUGCAUUGUGUAACUUUUCUGGUUGAGGGUCUGCCAAAUGCUUUUAGCCAUUGAAAUGUAAUUGCUCUGUCUGGAAUGUUUUGCCUUUCUGUCUUCACUGAGACCAAACCAGACCAAAUUACAGGUCAGAUCAGUGGAGAGGCAACCCUGCUCAUAAUCAGAAUGCCCGUUUUUCUAGGUAUUUUUGAGCUAUAAAACCACCUGUAAUUUAAUAAAUGUAAGGUAGAGCUGUUUAAUGUCAUACUACAGAACAUUCCAGAUAUAUCAAUGACAUCAAGAAGUUACACAGUGCAGCUUUAAUGAGAGAUGUGCCACUGUGAUACAGAGUGUCAUUUCCAGAGUGAAGUAUAAGGUUAUAGUGAUGUAGUGCACACAUAGAUUGGUUCUAAUGCAAUGUGGUUGUGAAGUUUCAUCAGUGAAGCUUUGAGUAAAACAGAAAGUCACAGGAGAGAGCUUCUGACCUUCCUUUGCAGACAUACACAUCUCAUUCUGCCACUAGAGAGCGCCAACAUCACACAUAUGUAAUACAACAAUGUCAGAAAAUAUGGAGAUGGUAGAAUAACUUUAUUGAAGGGAAAUUAAAUAAGUUAAGACUCAAGAACAGACAUGUUAAACUCAUCCCCGGGGUCCAAAUUUGGCCUGCGAUAUAAUUAUAUUUGGCCCAUGAGAUCAUAUCAAAUAUGUAUUAGAGCUGGCCCGCCGGCUAGAGAUAGGCUAUAGAGACAUUUUUUAUUCAAAAUUUUGUUCUUAUUUUAUAUUUAGCUUGUUAUGAAAAACUAUUAUUACACAUUUAUUUUAAUAAGAAAAGGUUUAACAGUAUAUAUAUAUCGAAAAAAGAGAAAACAUGCAGAUGUUGCUGAAAUUUUUCAAUAAAUAUUUAGUUUGGCCCACAACUUAGUCCCAGUUUUUAAUUUUGGCCCUCUGUGAAUUUGAGUUUGACACCCCUGCCCAGGCAUAAUUCAGAAUUAAACCAGGACUGUAUUCAAACUAAUCCUGAGUUAAUGGUGCACUGUGCAACUUUUCUGGGGAAGAGUCUGUCUCCAUGGAGAUGUUACUGCUUUGGCUAGAAUGUUCCAUGGUAUGGCAUUAAACGCUGAAAGCUAGCUAGAUGAUCUAGCUUUUAUUUGUUACGCUCAAAAAUAGAAUAAUUCUCCCUGUGUUUAGCGUUGCCUCUCCACAGAUCUGACCUGUAAUGUAGCCUAUAGUUGUUUCUUUUUAGCUAGAUAGGUUUAUUCUUUACCGUGGAAAUAUCUUUCAAAAGAAUUGAAUGAACUGAUUUCCAACCACUAAUAAUCUAGCCAUUCUCUCAGCCAAUGUUCAUUCAUCAAAGUUUAACAUUCAGUGACAUUCACACCAACUUGGGUAACUUCCCCUUUCCUCAUGUCUAUGUGGGUGGCAGUACAGUAUGUCAUGUUUUUCUAGGCCUUGUUUGUUUGUUUUCUGGGGUUAAGGGUGUAACAAGGACAGCUCCUGAGCACAGACAUCUCCAGUGUUUCUGAAUGUAAUUUUCCCAUUGCAUUUUGGAGCCAUUUCAAACUCUGUGGUGGAAACUAGCAUCUCCCAGUGAAGUGAAUGCCCUGUGAUGAUCUAAUCGACUUUCCACAGGAGCGGCCACAGCGUCUGGGAAACCAAAAUAAAACAGUAAAUUUAAUGUGUCAAAGGCAGGAGGACCAGCUUCGGCACAUCUCUGCAGUGGGGUUUAGAGGUUUGACUGUCUGUAUGGCUAUAAGAAAUACAUAAAUAAAAAUGAACAAAAUAAAUACUUAUAAUCAUAUUGGCUACAUAAGGAAUAGUGUUCAUUUAUUUGUUCAUUGACAACUGAAUGUCCAUAAAGGUUCGACUGAAGAAGUGAAUGUAAAAGUUGCAAAUUAAUCUGUAUAUUAUUGAUUAAUUGUCAUUUUAUUACUUAUUUUUGUUUAAAUAUUUGAAGAGUUCAUUUGCAAAAACAGAGUGCCAUUUUAAAGAUUCCUGAUACAAUUUUGUCCUUACUUGAUAAAAUAUACUAGACAUUAUUUUCACUGAUAAUAGCUGCAAAAGAUGAUUUUUUUUUUUUUUAAAUGGAAAAAACAUUUUUGCAAUUGAUACAUUUUUCAGCUAUUUUGGAUGUGUAUAUUUCUUGAAACUGAAUAUGUCUGUAGAAACUGCAUUCUGUCUCUCUACUGAAUGAAAUGAAAUUGACAAUAAAU